CAUUUAUGCUUCGACCAUUGAGGUAAGGAAACAUGAAACGAAUAAAUUACGGGGCGAGAACGAUGAAAAGAGAUCAAGAAGCAUUGAAUUACUAUUCAUUUAGUCUAUUUACGUGUUAUUAUACUUCUGAAGUGGUGCUAACAAUCACAGACAUGUAUAAAUCAGUCAACAAUACUGAAAAGUUUAUUAAUAAUGUUACGGAGUCUUUGGAAAUUGUGCUCGUAUACGUCCGUAUGUUAUUGCUUCGCUUCAAUAUUUUUAGUCUUGGUGAAAUAUAUUCGCAAAUAUUCAAAGAUUACAACGUCAGUGAUUUCAAAAAUUCUGAAGAAAUUGAAGUAUUUAUGCAGUUUAUUAAUAAAGGUAUAUUUUUGGUGAGAGGAUUCGCCAAUUUCAUGAUAGGAACCGAAGCCGUUUGGUACUUCAGUUCAUUAGCAGCAACACCUGAGUUCUUCAUUGAUGAUAACAAUCAAACAAUAUUUAUCAUUCCCUACAAACUUUAUUUUUUCCAUGAAAUAAAUAGCUUGACGCGUUAUUAUUUGACAUUCUUAUGCAUUAUGCCUUCGAUUUGGGCCUUUGGCUUCGGAUAUGUGUCAGUGGAUUCCACUUUGAUUUCUCUGCUCUUUUAUAUCAGUGGAAAGAUGGCUGUGUUGACAAUGAGGAUUGACGCGCUCGAAAACGGCCCUAAUUCCAGGAAGAAACUCAAUAAAAUAAUCGCCGAGCACUGUAAAUUAUUGAAAAUGGGAGAUGGCGUUAAAGAUGCUUAUAGUAUCAGCUCCUUGGUAUAUCUAAUAAAUAUCUUAAUUAUUUGUGUACUAGGCUAUCAAAUAUUAGUAUGUUACAUGACCCGGGAAAUAAUUUCACAUUCAUUGUGCUUGUUGGGAAUUUUAUUUCACGGUGAGUAUUUUCUAAAGAUUUCGAUCAACUUGCAUCCAAAUGUCGCUUACCGUAAAACUUACUCAAACUACUGAAGACGAACUAGUAUAGUGCUACACAGGCUAUCUGGGCUGCUUUCCAAGAAAUAAUUGUUCUUAUAGGUCACAAAAACUGCGAUAGUACAUUGAGAAAUUUUUUAAUUAAUGAAUGAUUAUA